CAGAAAUUUUCUUAAUGUUACCGUCCUUUUUAACUGUACAACACGUUGCCUAUUUUAUGAACACUAUCACACAUGAAUGCUAAGCAGCAAGAAUAUGAUAAAGCUUACAGGCCUCACUUUGGUGUCCUUGGCUUUCUGCUUUUUGGCCUUCCUUGGCUCAAGUAAUGCCAGUCAGGCCACAAACCUUCGCAGGUUCAUCAAGUCUAGAAGGUCACAAAACCCCCCUGUUUCAGAUUCUUGGGCAGAAUUACAUGCCACAGAAGACUACUCUGAUGUGUACCUUGGUCCCCAAGAUGGGUUGAUGCAAGCUGAUAAGAUUGACGCUUUGCCGGGGCAACCAGAUGGCAUAGAUUUUGAUCAGUACGCAGGGUAUGUCACAGUUGAUCCACAUGCUGGCAGAGCACUGUUCUAUUACUUUGUUGAGUCCCCACAAAAUUCUUCUACCAAUCCUUUGGUUUUAUGGCUAAAUGGAGGGCCAGGAUGUUCCUCUUUUGGGGCUGGAGCCAUGUUGGAAUUGGGGCCUUUCAGAGUCAAUUCCGAUGGCAAAACACUCUAUCAAAAUAACUAUGCAUGGAACAAUGUGGCAAAUGUGCUUUUCUUGGAGUCUCCGGCUGGGGUGGGCUUUUCGUAUUCAAAUACUUCUUCCGAUUAUGAUCACACUGGCGACAAGAGUACUGCCAAAGAUGCGUACACCUUUCUUAUCAACUGGCUUGAGAGGUUCUCACAGUAUAAAACUCGGGACUUUUACAUAGCCGGAGAAAGCUAUGCCGGUCAUUAUGUGCCUCAGCUUGCAUACACCAUCAUGCAAAAUAACUGGAAGGCAAAAACAGUCAUCAACCUCAAAGGCAUUGCUAUGGGAAAUGCAGUGAUCAAUGAUGCUACGGAUGCGAAGGGGUCCUAUGAUUAUUUAUGGACUCAUGCCUUAAACUCAGAUGAAACACAUGAAGACAUCAACACAUUUUGCGAUUUUCGGAAUGGAACUUUAUCUGCAAAGUGUGACAGCUUGAUAGAAAAGUCCAUAGAAGAGAUGGGUGAUAUCGAUGAUUACAACAUCUACGCUCCACUCUGCGACGCACCCAUGCUAAAAAAUGGCUCUGUCGACGAUUUUGAUCCGUGCUCAUCAAUGUAUCGAGACUCAUAUUUGAACAAUGCAGAGGUGCAAAAGGCUCUCCAUGCAAAUCCUACGAGUUGGAGAAGUUGCAGAGAUUAUAAUUGGACUGACAGCCCAAGAACCGUUAUACCCAUCAUCAAGGAUUUCAUUGUAAAUGGAUUAAGAGUCUGGCAGUACAGUGGUGACAUAGAUUCAGUUGUUCCAGUUACAUCAACCAGGUACUCAAUAAGCAGUCUCAAGCUUCCAAUCGAGACGGCUUGGCGUCCAUGGUACACCAACAAUGAGGUUGGAGGAUAUGUGGUGGAAUACAAAGGGUUAACAUUUGCAACAGUAAGAGGAUCUGGACAUCUAGUUCCAAGCUACCAGCCUGAGAGAGCACUGAUCAUGAUCUCAUCAUUCCUUCAAGGGUCUCUCCCUCGUUCCUCAUGAAGAUCCAUCUAUAUUUGUACCAUGUUUGGCAUUACUCUAACUUCUAAUAAAACGCUUUAGAAAGUCAUAUUGUGGUGGUUAUUGCUAACCAGCCAAGCCUGACAAAUGCUCUGCUCAGUCCCACUUAAAUUUCGCUCGUGUAGGCGCGUGCCAGUUUGUCAAGAGCCACAAACUGUUCAAAGUGGCAGUUGAUCCUAGCCACCACAAACUGUUCAAAGUCCGAGUAAUGCUUAAUUCAAUGUUGCUUGCUAGAGCUUCGCACUUUCACUUGUUUUGCUAGCUAAGCCACAGUUGUGUGAAAUGUCUCCAAACUUCCAACACUUCUACCUCAAAAUGACUACUAGUAUUAGACUUUCACAUCAAGUGUGUGUAUAUUCCUGUUGUAAU